AUGAAGCUGAUACGUGUCAUCUCCCCCACCGGUUCUGUCUUAUCUUCAAACCCCCCACCCCCCACCCGGUUUCUCAUCCACUCAUUUUCUAGGUUAUCUAAUCUGAUUUCCACCCUUCUAUUCUUUGGCUCCACCCAUUUCUUUUGUUUUGAUCGGCCAAGAGGGAAGACGAACACAACACAGAAGUUAGGGAAAAGAGAAAUCGGGGCAAGUUGGUGCCCUUCAGCCUCACCAUUUUCUUCACUGUUUCUCUGUAAAAAAUCAUCGUCUUCAUGGGAUGCCAAUUAUUUGGGUCCGGCUAAAACUGUUCGGAUCACCGACAUCACCUUCCAAUUAGAGGGAAAUGGAAUCGAAAGAUCAUUUGAACAAGUUCAAAGUCGGCUCAGUUCCGACGUUGUACUACAUACCGACUUCAUCUCCGAUUCCGAUCAAAAACUACUCCUAAAUCAGAUUUACACAACUCCGGUUUCAAAAUGGAAGUCUCUGAAAAACAGGAGAUUGCAAAAUUAGGGAGGGAUUGUCCAUGAAUAAGGUCCUUUGCCUUAAGAUUUACCACCAUUGUUGACAAAAAUUAUAGAAAAAAUCAAGGAGGAGUUGUGUUUGUUUCCUUCUGUAAUCAAUCAUGUCCUCAUCAAUGAGUAUCUUCCAAAUCAAGGCAUAAUGCCCCACUAAGAUGGGCCCGCAUAUUUUCCGG